AUGAAAGUCCUCCGUGUGCUUGUUGCCACGUUAGUAGUGGCCAUGGGGCUCUGCUUCCAGAGAGCAGAUGCGGCUGAUGAACGUGAACACUCCCCGACGUUUCAGAGACUGGGCGCGCAAAUGGAUGACGCGUAUGCAGGUGCGGCUGGGAGGAUGCAAGGUUUUAGAGAAUCGAUUUCUGACGCUGCUCGGGUUAGGGGAGCAGCAGCAUGGGACUCCCUCGGGAGAAGGACAGGAGUGUGGCCCGGAUAUAUUCUUGCCGCUGCGGCACUUACGAUGGCCAUGCUGGGAGGAUACUGGAUGGGAAAGAGGAGGACGCAGAAGCAGCUCAAGAAAGCCCUUAAGAAGCAGAUAGAAUAA